UCCUUUGUCAUUUAUGAGAGAGAAAGAUGAAUGAAAGAAGAUUCAAAUAGAGAAGAAAAAACUAUUGAGGAGAAGGAACAAAAAAAAAAAUAGAGAAAAGAUGUUGCCAUCAACUGCAGAAAUUUCCCUGCGCGAAGGAUUGGUGGAGAGUCAUGAAGUUCCUAUGGAUCAGACAUCCCACAUACGAUUCAGCUUUCAAUCCUCAUCUCUCCCUCCCUUAACUUGCCAUCCCCUAGGAAUAAUCCAAAACAGGUUGUUUGCUUCCUCUACCGACGUUGUAGCUGAAGCUUCAUCUUCUUCUUCCCCUCACUUAAAAGAAACAGCACUUCUUUCAUCUGUUCCUCUUAGGGCUUCUGAAGCAGCUUCCACUUUGCUCCGAUCCACUACAAAUCCUUGUUGGUCAUGGAGUGAGGAAACAACCAGAGGGCCUAGGGCUACAGUUGAUACUCACAAGAAUAUUGGCAGUAUGAGUGAUAAAAGUAUUCACGAAAACCUAAGUAAUUAUACUGUAAACCCUAAGAUUAAUAGGGUUGGAAACAACUUAUCAGUUGGAGCUAUGAGGAUGAAGAAGGUUAAAGCACGAAGGAAGGUGAGGGAGCCAAGGUUUUGCUUCAAAACCAUGAGUGAGGUGGAUGUUUUGGAUGAUGGAUACAAGUGGAGGAAAUAUGGUCAGAAGGUAGUCAAGAACACUCAGCACCCAAGGAGCUACUACAGGUGCACACAAGAUAAUUGUCGUGUCAAGAAAAGGGUCGAAAGGCUUGCGGAGGACCCGAGAAUGGUGAUCACAACAUAUGAAGGGCGACACGCUCAUUCUCCUUCGCAUGAUGAAGAUGAUCAGUCGCAGCCUUCAUCUAUGAGGUCUCAGUUGAGCACGAGCUUCUUCUGGUAGUUUCUUGUUUUAAUGUCUGUGUAACUUUAUUUUAUAAGUUUGCAAUCCUUCAGUGUCUCAUUGCAAGUUUCAUUUGAUUUGACCCAGCUUCCUGUUAUGAUUUGAGAUUAAUAAUAGACAUGUAAUUGCCUUUCUCUUAUGUGGGUGCUAUAAAGAGAGCAACAAUUGUGUUUCUUCCACUGAUCUCAAUCUUAGAUGGAAUACAUAUAUGC